AAAAUGGAUAGCUUCUUGAAGUAUGCCAACUUCUUCUAUAAGGCCGUUGGCAUUGAGCCCUAUACGAAAAGAUCGCAUCCACAUGUUGGCAGCAUUUGGAUUAGCCUUGUCUUUUGGGCCAACAUCAUAAACCUAGGCCUGGUGGGGCUCGGCGAGUUGGCCUAUGUGGUGAUUGCCUUCGCCACCGGUGAGCACAUCGUGGAAGCAAUCAUGGUUAUGUCUUACAUUGGCUUCGUCCUGGUGGGCAUGAGCAAAAUGACGUUUGUGUGGCUAGAGAAACCUGCGCUCAGUAGCAUCGUGUGGGAGCUGGAGGAGCUGUUUCCAGGCGACAAGGCAGCUCAGUCUGCUUACCGAUUGGAUAAUUAUUUACGUUCCUGUUCGCGCAUCAGCUUUACCUUCUCAAUGCUUUACUCCGUGCUCAUUUGGACUUACAAUUUGUUUAACCUCAUGCAGUAUUUCAUUUACGAGCUGUGGUUGCAGACGCGCAUUGUGGAGGAGACGCUGCCCUAUCGAAUGUACAUACCAUGGCAGUCGACAGACAAUUGGACCUAUUAUCUGCUGCUUUUCUGCGAAAACUUUGCAGGCUACACUUCGGCGGCGGGUCAGGUAUCCACAGAUUUGUUGCUCUGCGCCUUGGCCACCCAGAUCAUUAUGCACUUUGACUACCUAUCGAGAAGGAUUGAGCAGCAGCAGCUGAGCGGCAAUUGGUCGGAGGACUCGCGCUUCCUGGCCGAUAUUGUGCGCUAUCAUGAACGCCUACUGAAACUCUCCGAACAGCUCAAUAAAGUUUUUGGUGUGCCUCUGAUAUUAAACCUGCUGAUCUCCUCGUUUGUCCUCUGCUUUGUCAGCUUUCAAAUGAGCGUGGGUGUGGAGCCGGUUAUGAUGAUUAAGCAUAGUUUAUAUCUAAUAUCUGCGCUGACUCAGGUCUAUUUGAUUUGCUAUCAUGGACAACUGAUAGCCGAUGCGAGCUCGGGCAUUUCUUUGGCGUCCUACAAACAGAACUGGAGCUAUGCGGAUGCUCGCUAUCGUAAAGCCCUCGCGUUUAUUAUAAUGCGCUCCCAGAAGCCUACUUAUCUCAAGGCAACUGUUUUCCUGCAGAUCAACAGAGGCACCAUGACAGAUCUGCUGCAAUUAUCGUACAAGUUUUUUGCGCUGCUGCGUACCAUGUAUGUUAAAUAG